CACGAAACGAGGGCUUAACAGAGUGGAAGCUCAUAGCGGCGAAGUGGCUCGGCUCGGACGAUUGUGCACUCAGGGCGGAUGGUUAAUCAGGGAAAAUAUUUAGAGUCCUUGCGAAACUUUUGCUGAAGUAACGUGUCGUCGCGCGUUUGGCAGCGACUGUGUUCGUUUCUGUUCUCGUAAUCGGCGUAAUCGAUUGCCGGCUAUCGUCGUCGGUUAUCGUGUGGGUGGGAUUCUUCGAUGAUUCCUAAAAAGUACAGGUGACUCCGCAGGACGACCUUCCCGGAACCCGGAACCCGCAACCCACAACCCUCAAACCGCUCAUCAGUCGAGUUAUCCUGGCUAAGGCAAUCCAAAAGUUUUUGCCAAAAUUUAGUUAGAUAAAGUUAAACGACUCCUAAUGUCAAUUUAAUUAUGUGAAAACAAAAGUCGCGACCGAGUUUAUUGUGUUUUCGUGAUUUUUUCUCCGGUUCUCUGAUUAUCUGGAUCUGGCGGUAAAUGGAUUUGGAGUUGGAUUUGGAUUGGGGUUGAGGGUAGAGUGAAAACAACGAAAUGCCGAACAGACCAGCAGAUUUACUAACGUGAGAAGAAUCUUGAAGGGAAUCAGAAACAGAGAAAAAAUCAAAAUGACGGCAAUAAAAUUACAACGAUUGAAGCCCCAUCGUUUCACACAGCCGACCUCUCCCAUUGAUUGCCCGGGAAUAAUUGAGGCAGGACGCGGCAAGGACGCCUAUGGAGGAGCACAGUUUGCAACAAAUUAUUUCAAAAAUUGCCACAUUAAGCACCAUAGUAUUAAUAAAAGUAAAACUUUAUGUUGGCUGGCAUUGACUUUGAUUUUAUUGGACGCCCGAAGUGUCCUGCAAAUGGCGAUGGCCCAAGUACCAGGUGGCGAUACAUCCACAGGAUCAGAAUUAGAAAUUGAAACAUGCAAACAGGCUCUGGGAAUGGAGUCUGGCUCCAUCAAUGAUUCCCAAAUAACCGCCAGCUCUGCUCAUGAUAUAGGAAACGUGGGACCCCAACAUGCCAGACUGAAGGUGGACAACAACGGAGGAGCUUGGUGUCCCAAGCACAUGGUAUCCCGAGGUCUAAAUGAAUAUCUCCAAAUUGAUUUGCUGCAGGUGCAUAUGAUAACCGCGGUUCGCACCCAGGGCCGGUUCGGCAAAGGUCAGGGUCAGGAGUACACCGAAGCCUACGCCGUCAAUUAUUGGAGGCCGGGCUUUGAUAAAUGGAUACAGUGGAAGAACAGUCAUGGGAACAAGAUACUGCCCGGCAAUAUAAACACCUACAGCGAGGUGGAGAACGUGUUGCAUCCCAGCGUCUUUGCCUCGAAGGUGCGCAUCUAUCCCUACAGCCAGUACGAUCGCACCGUCUGCCUGCGUGCCGAGAUAGUCGGCUGCCUCUGGAAAGAAGACAUUGUGGCCUACAGUAUUCCCAAAGGUGCCCAGCGUGGUAUGGAAAUUGAUCUUUCCGACAAGACCUACGAUGGCCAGGAGGAAGGUGAUCGCUAUGUGAACGGUUUGGGCCAAUUAGUAGACGGUCAAAGGGGCAAGGAUAACUUUCGAGCGGAUAUUAGUGGCUUAGGAAAAGGCUAUGAAUGGGUUGGUUGGCGGAAUGACACUUUACAAGGAAGACCUGUGGAAAUCACAUUCGAGUUUAGAAAUGUUCGAAAUUUUAGUUCUGUGAUAAUUCACACUAACAAUAUGUUUUCCAAGGAUGUCCAGGUGUUUGUUCAUGCCAAAGUGUAUUUCAGCCUAGGCGGGCAGAAGUUCACCAGGGAGCCUGUGCAAUUUUCUUAUAUGCCAGAUCAGGUUCUGGAUCAUGCCCGAGACGUGACUAUAAAGUUGCAUAAUCGGAUAGGACGGUAUGUGAGACUGCAUUUGUACUUUGCCGCCCGUUGGAUGAUGCUCAGUGAGAUUACUUUUAUAUCAGUCUCUGCUGUCGGAAAUUUCACAGAUGAGGAGCUGCCUUACGUAUCUUCGUCGGGGGAUCCCAAGGAACCCGAAACUUCAGAGUAUCCCUUACAACGCGAUGAAGUUGGAAGGGCUUUCAGCACCGACAGUGAUCGAAGACAGCAAAAUACACAAGUUAUCUCUCCAAAACCCAUUGACCACCACGAACCGGGUUCCAGUUUUAUUGGCAUUAUAAUCACAGUGCUGGCCACAAUUAUAUUUCUACUCGCCGCCAUUAUUCUGCUGAUAGUGGCCAGAAAAAAACGGGGAAGGAGCAAUGUUUUAGACGCAUUCCAGCACAAUUUCAACCCGGACACGCUCGGCGACGUGGAUAAGCGACUGAGCGGCAACGGUGUCCUAAAGGUGGUCACAACAAUGGAUGACAAUGAGUCCUCCAUUGACAAGAAUAGUCUGUACCACGAACCCUUCAACGUUAACAUGUACACCAGUACAGCCAGUGCCUGCUCCAUGCCACGUCAGCAUGUAACACCGGACUAUACAGAUGUGCCGGACAUUGUGUGUCAGGACUAUGCGGUGCCUCAUAUGCAGCAGCUUCUGCCCAACUCCACCUCCGGUGGGUCGGCAGCUGGGACAGCGGCUGGGACGGGGGCCGGGGCUGGGUUUGUGGCAGAAGCGAUUGUUGCUGGUGGCAACGCGAGGACGCGAAACCCUCUCAGUGCUCCCCAGUACCGGGCGCCAUCCCCAGGGCCCCCGCCGCCCGAGAAAUAUUAUGCAGCCACGCCAAUUUACAACAAACCAAUGUCCAUGCCAGUGCCGGGAUCCCAAAGCAGCGGGUCGCUGAGCCUCAGCUCCUUGACUACAGUGGCGACCACGCCCACCACAGGGGGCACUACCGUGGGAGUGGGUGGUACUAUGGGCAUGGGCAUGGGUAUGGGUAUGGGCAUGGGAUUAGGAAGCAAACCGCAUCAUUACAAUUUGGAAAUGAGUGCUAAUUCAGAGGAUAUUAACGAAGAGCAGGCCAAUUGCCAAGUGCAAGAGUUUCCACGUCAGUCGCUGGUUAUUGUCGAGAAGCUGGGCUUCGGCGAGUUUGGAGAGCUGCAUUUGUGCGAAACCAACGUUUUGGAUGCCACCCUGGUGGCUGUGUCCACCCUGCGACCCGGGGUCGGUGAUCUCAUGAUCCAGGAGUUCCGGGGCAGAGCCAAGCAGCUGGCCCAACUCAGUGAUCCCAAUGUGGCUAGGCUGGUGGGUGCCUGCCUGAAGGACGAGCCAAUCUGUAUGGUGCAGGACUAUUCGCACUGCCUGGGCGACUUGAACCAGUUCCUGCAGGAGCACGUGGCCGAGACGUCCGGCUUGACGGCCAACAAGACUCUCAGCUAUGGCUGUUUAGUCUACAUUGCCACACAAAUUGCAUCGGGCAUGAAGCAUUUGGAGCACAUGAAUUUCGUUCAUCGGGAUCUGGCAUCCAGAAGCUGUAUUAUUGGCUCAGAACUAAGUGUCAAAGUAUGCUCCAUUGGAACUGUGAUAUAUCGCUCGGCCUAUUCAUCCGAUUAUUGUCAGUUUGAAGCCAAAAAUGGCAGACAAUCUCAACCGUUACCGAUUCGCUGGAUGGCCUGGGAGAGUGUCCUAAAGGUAAGAUUAUUUUUAGACAAAUGUAUUCAUUUCUAUAAUCCAAACUUGUCUUUUUUUAAGGAUAAAUUCACUACGAAGUCAGAUGUUUGGUCCUUUGCCGUUACCUUAUGGGAAAUAUUGACAUUCGCCAGGGAGCAGCCGUACGAGCACAUGUCGGACAAAAAUGUUAUUGAAAAUAUUGGUCACAUCUACGAGAACGACAAAAUGCAUGAACUCUUACACAUGCCCACCAACUGUCCUCGGGAAAUUUAUGACCUUAUGUGCGAGUGCUGGCAGCGGAACGAGUCAAGUCGGCCCAGUUUCCGGGAGAUACAUAUGUUUUUGCAACGAAAGAAUUUAGGUUUUAAGCCUACCAAUCACGAUCUAACAUAUUAAAUUUUUAUCAAAUUUUUAGGUUUUCAAAGUCACGAGCAAAAAAUAAUUUACAUGAAUUAAUAAUAAUUAAUUAAGAUUAGUAUUAUAAAGAAAAUAUUGGGACUCUAAUGCUUUUAAAAGCGAGAGCAACGAUUGAUGAAAAUCAUUAGAAUAUGAUAAGUAUUUGAUGCAAAAAUAAGUAAACAUAAUUUUCACAAAAUUGGAUAAACAGGAUCAUAGUUAUCAUAUUUUUGCUUAAAGAAAUGCCACCACAAACUUUUCUUUAGUAUAGCAGCUUCGGUAAUCGUAGGGUAUUUUAAGUAAUAUUUAAAAUAGAAUUACAGUUUACAAAACAAUGUUUGAAAGCUGAACUUUUAAUUGAGCAACAUCGAUUUUCCAAACGGGGUUGGAAGCCCCUUUUUAGACGGGCUUUUAAAAAAUCACAUAUCCCAACUGUCAACUCAAAACAAACGAAUAGAAUUUAUAAAAAAUACAAAGAAAAGAUUAUACAUAUAAAUGUACCUAUCGCUCUCCACCUCCCAAUCUUCUAGUUUUUGCUUUAAAUAUUUAAAUGUAUAUGAAUAAAUUAGGUACACUUGCCUAAACCUCUCCCCAUUUCCAAUGACAAUCUAUCCCAACCCAAAAUCUAAUUUUGGUGUUGGGGCUCUUUAAAUAUGAAAUAUAAUUAAAACCUGCGUAUAAUUUCGACAAUAAAAACUAAAAAAAAUGAAAUUUAAUUUAUUAUAGAAAUGCUUUAUAUAGGAGAACCCAUCCUAGGAUAACCUCAAUCAUUUAGUUACAAAUAUAACCUAUGAACAAGUCAAUUAGACUCAUAUCAAAAAUACCUACUGUUUCGUUUCGAUGUAUCUUGUGCCUUCUGCUGCUAUCAAUCAUCUGAAAAAUCAGAAAAAUAUUAUUUUUGCAUUCUCUUAAACGCUUUAAAAUGGUUUCGCUGUAAAAAAACAGAACUAUAAAUGUAUAAAAAUUAAGAAUUAAAGUCUAAAUUUAGGCAGCUCAGAAAUUUAAAAAGGUAGUCUCACUUAUAAUAUAUGUAUGCUUUAUUCAUUAAAGUUAGGUUCUAUUGCAUAGGCUUAGACUAAAGUUUAAAGAUUUAAUCAUCGUAUUAUUUACAAGCUAUAUAAAAGUUUGCAAAACUAGUUAUUAAUCACAAAAGUGUAAAAUAAAGUAAUUGGAAAAUAAACAAUGUUUGGAAAACACAGCAAUAUGUACACCCUUACAGUUGCUAAACUUAGUUGGAUGGGUUUGAAAUGUAAAUAAAAAUACAAUUAUUUUGUCUUGAAAAUUAAACCCCGAAAAUCUAGGCACAUCAAAUUAAUUUUUUCAAAUACUAAUAAUUAUAAAGUAUUGAAUUGACAGCUACAAAUUAUGAAUAUUUUUAAGUAAAAAAUGUAAGUAGGAAUUAAGUGCAAAAAUAAAUACAGCGUAUGA